AUGGCGCUGCGCGCUGCUGUGUUUGACCUCGAUGGAGUGUUGGCGGUGCCCUCGAUCCUCGCCGCCUUGGGCCUCGCGAGCGAGACCCUGGCGCUGCCUAGGGACUUUUUGAAAGAAGCCUUCUGGAAAGGAGGCCCAGAUGGUCCCAGUGUCCGCCUCAUGAAAGGAGAAAUGACCUUUUCCCAGUGGGUGCCUCUCAUGGAAGAAGAUUGCAAGAAACAUUCUGAAGCCUCUGGAAUCUGCCUCCCAGAACAUUUCUCUAUAAAGACAAUCAUGGAGAAGGCAGUUUCAGCAAGAAAGAUCAACCACUCCAUUCUUCAAGCAGUUCUCACUCUCAGAAAGAAGGGAUUUACAACCUGCAUUCUCACUAAUAACUGGCUGGAUGACAGUGUCCAGAGAGGCAGCCUGGCCCAGCUGAUGAUCGAACUGAGGCCACAUUUCGACUUCGUGAUAGAGUCAUGUCAUGUUGGAAUGGCCAAACCUGAGCCUCAGAUUUACAAGUUGGUACUGGACACCUUGCAGGCCAACCCCAAUGAGGUUGUUUUCUUAGAUGACAUUGGGACUAAUCUGAAGCCAGCUCAUGACUUAGGAAUGGUCACCAUCCUGGUCCAUGACACCAACACAGCCCUGAGAGAACUGGAGAAAGUAACCGGCCUGCAGCUUCUCAGCACUGGAACCCCUCUGCCAACCCCAUGCAAAUUGAGUGAUAUGAGCCAUGGGUAUGUGCCAAUAAAGCCAGGGAGCCAUCUGCACUUUGUUGAGCUGGGCACUGGGCCUGUGGUGUGCCUCUGCCAUGGCUUUCCUGAGAGCUGGUUCUCAUGGAGGUACCAGAUUCCUGCUCUAGCACAAGCGGGCUACCGGGUACUUGCUGUGGACAUGAAAGGAUAUGGAGAGUCCUCUGCUCCUUACGAAAUAGAAGAAUAUUCCUUGGAAGUGUUAUGUAAGGAGAUGAUAACCUUCCUGGAUAAGUUGGGUAUCUCUCAAGCAGUGUUCAUUGGCCACGACUGGGGAGGCAUGCUGGUGUGGUAUUUAGCUCUCUUCUACCCUGAGAGAGUGAGGGCCGUGGCCAGUUUGAAUACUCCCUUCAUGCCAAUGGAUCCCAAAGUGACCCUAAUGGAGAAGGUCAAAGCCAAUCCUCUUUUUGAUUAUCAACUGUACUUCCAAGAACCAGGAGUGGCUGAGGCUGAACUGGAAAAGAACCUGAGUCGGACUUUGAAAAGUUUAUUCAGAAGACAUGAUGAGGUGAGGGGAGGACUUCUAGUGGAAAUCCCAGAUGAGCCCACUCUCAGUAAGAUGAUCACCGAGGAGGAGCUCCAGUUCUAUGUGCAGCAGUUCAAGAAGUCUGGUUUCAGAGGCCCAUUAAACUGGUAUCGAAACAUGGACAGAAACUGGAAGUGGGGCUGCAAAGGUGUGGGACGGAAGAUCCUGAUUCCAGCCCUGAUGGUAACUGCCGAGAAUGACCAGGUGCUCAUUCCAGAGAUGUCCAAGCAUAUGGAAGACUGGAUCCCUCAUCUGAAAAGGGGACACAUUAAAGAUUGUGGACACUGGACACAGAUGGACAGGCCUGCUGAGUUGAAUCAAAUCCUCAUUGAGUGGCUGGAAAUGGAUGCCAGGGACCCACCAAUGGUCUCAAAGCUUUAG